CCUUGAAUUGAUACAGUGGGUGUGACUCUCAGGAAAUUGCUCAUUAUUUACCAUUAGUGCUUCUGAGUGCGAGCCUUCCCACUAUCCCAUAUCGUUCCAGAUCCACAGUCCUUCCUUCUCUCACUCCUCCUCCCUUUCCCCUUCCUCCUGUCUUCCCCCUCUCCUGGGAACUGGUUCAACCAGAGUACAACCUGCUCAUCUACCUCAGGCGCUGGAACAGCGGCAGGAGCUGGGACGCGCAGAGCAGAGCAGAACAGAGCAGAGCGGCAGAGCUGAGGCUAGGAAGGCCAGGCUGGUGCUCUGCGGGGCGCCGAGGGCGAGCAGUCUGCCCGGCCGCUUCCCCUAGGCCCAUGCGGGCCGGGUACAGCCUGCUGCUCGUUCAUGAGGCCGCCGUGGAGCCGGAGGAGGACCCGCGGCAUCCCGCUGGGGCUGCUCGCGCUCUGGGUGGCCGCCGCCCGCUGUCUGCAGAGUCACGGUGUGUCGCUGCACAUUCCCCGGUCAGUCAUCAAUGCCUCUGUCCAAGAAGAUAUCCUGCUGUCAGUGGACUAUUCCUGCCACGGCGUGCCCACCGUCGAGUGGAGGUACGCGUCAAGCUGGGGUGAGCGGAAGAUCGUGGAGUGGAAACCAGGGGCCCCAGCCAAUGUGUCCCAAAGCCACAGAGACAGAGUCUGCACCUUCGACAAUGGCUCCAUCCAGCUUUUCGGUGUGGGCGUGAGGGACUCGGGUUGCUACAUCAUCACUGUUACAGAGCACCCGGGGAGCAGGCAGUUUGGCACCAUCGUGCUGCAUGUGUCCGAGAUCCGCUAUGAAGACCUCCACUUUGUCGCUGUCUUCUCUGCUCUGCUUGCUGCUGUGGCUGUGGUGCUGAUCAGCCUCAUGUGGGUCUGCAAUCGCUGUGCGUAUAAAUUCCAAAGGACGAGGAGACACAAACUCAAAGAAAGCACUACUGAGGAACUCGAAAUGAAAGAUGUGGAGUGUUAGCCAAGCCUGUGCCCGAUUACACCGCUACCUCAAGAGAAAUACAGUAUUUUCCAGUCGACGGAACAAACCGCGUCAGUCCUGCAGCCUUUCGCAGUCCUGGCCGGCGCCGCUCUCCCGAUGAGACAGCUGCAACAUUAGAGACCGACAGGCGAUGGCUCACUACCGAAAGCCAGCUCUAGGACUUGUACGUAGCUCAAGGAGCAGUUCAGCGGAGGCUUUUUGGCCAGGGACUUCCCUUGGCUGCAGCUUCAGGGCCAUGCUGAUCCUUACGUACCCAAUGAUACAGGCAGACACCAGGAGCUGCUCACAGCACUGGCUAUGAUCCCACCCUGGCCUGUGAGAAGUCCCUGUCUCCAGGGGCAGUGUCUGCAGAGGGGCCGAUGUGCAGCCCGCACUGGGACAUGCUCUCUGUGCCUCUGUGCUCCCAUCUGAUCCCCAAACUGCUGUGCCCUCCAUUCGUCUCCAGUCAGAUCUGGGGCUGAAGAGCACGUGGCCUUCACCUACCUCAUAGGGCUCGAGGGGAAGUGAGCACUAGCCCAGGUCUCUCAGAGUGAUGGAGAAGGGCGUGAGAAUCCCCGCAGGGUCUGGAAAGCUGUAUGGGAAAGUGCAAGGUUAAAACGCCCUGGGGUGGAGCUAGAGAGAAGGCUCAGUGACUAAGAGCAGAGAGCCCAGAUUCAAUUCUGACCACCCACACGGCGGCUCACAACCUUCUGUAACUCCAGUUCCAGGGGAUCUGAUGCCCUCCUCUGGUCUCCAUGGGCACUGCACACACAUGGCGUAUACAUACACAGGAAAUAAAAUUUAAAAGCUGAAUCUAAAAAACGUCUUUCAAUGAUCUGGAUUGUCAGGGCUCCAGCUGAGCUUGGGGGCUGGGUCCGAGUCGGCCUUGGCUUUCACAUUCUCAGGCCGAUGUCACAAUGUUUACUUCGAAGAGUCUCCUUCCCAGCUUCCCUCCGCCAAGCUGUAGCAGCAGGCAUCACGCCCUUCUCGCUUCAGUAUCUACAGAUGCAGAUCAGAGCUACCACUCCAGCUAUGAAGGAGGUCGCUAGCUCUGUGCAGGCCCUUGGCUGCAGAGUCAUGCAUACAAGGAUAAAAGCGUGCUAGAACAUUCCUUGCAUUCUCGGAACAUUCCUUGUAUUCUCUUUCCUUUCAGGUCCCCAAUGCCCUUAUCUUUUCUACUUCCCAUGUGGCAGGUAAGGAAUCCUUGCUGAAAUUCCUUUCCUUGGGAAGUCAUAAGCAUUGACUGCCUCUCCUCCUCAAGUCCCAACAACCAAGGUGCAGGGCCACCAGAGUUCACCCAGGAACUAACGGAUGAGUGUGUUAGGUUUCUUACAGAGCAGUGGAUGACGGGGUAUAGGCACAGGUGCUCUUGAAACAACAGAAGGUCUGCACCCUGAGGCAAUGAUGGCUUCCUCCUAGGUGCUUUGUGAAGCUCCUUCUCUACCAUGAUGAGCUCUAGCCUCUCCCUACAAGGCCACAGGCAAUAAGGCAGAACUGCUUACAGCUGGUUUGGAGGGUGGGGAAUACCCAGGUGAGGGCACCAGGAUCCUUCCCGCUCCCUCCUUCUCUGAAGGGAAGUAGGCAGUCAGCAGGCCCAGCAGAACCCCUGAAGGUGGAGGACAGCUCUGUACGGCUGAGGUUACCCUCGUAGUCAUUCAUAAGCCUUUCUUCAAAGAGCAAAUUGAGGGCUAGAGGAAGGGGCCUGUAGUGUUCCCACGGGAGCCUGCAGCAGGCCAGAGGGGGCUCAGCCAGCAGCAACGGGAGCAGCUGGUACGCACCUGACUCGGGAGGCACUCACCCUUGUCACCUCCUGUGUACACGUGUGCAGAUGCCCACACUGUGCCCUUAGGAAGAGAGCACUGGGCCAAGGCCGUUUCCACACGUUCCACUGGGGAACAGAGGCGCACCUCUCGGAAGCCCCCGGUUUUCUGAAGCAGGAGCCUGUUCUAUGCUCCUGGCUGGGAGUCAGUGGAGGCUAAGCCUCAUGACCAGAGAGAUGGAAGUGGAUCCCAAGGAGGCUUCCAUGGGCAGAUCAGUAAAUCCCAUCGAUCUGGAAGAAUCUCAUGGAGUCAUUUUCUCCGCAGCCCUAAUUGGAAAGCGGUUUUCCUAUGCACCUCUAAAACGGCUCCAUUCUUAAAUUCUAGGGUCUCAAGUUUUGUUUUGUUUUUUUUUUAAUAUUAAAUUAUAGAGAAUGACCAAUGUCAUGUUAAAUAAGUUGUUACAGAUGCUGUGAAAAAAAACUGUUUAAAAUGAAUGGAAAUAAAUAGUUGUGAAAAUAA